UAAUAGACUGGUGUACUAUAACAUCAGACCAAACAGCCGAGACGACGCUGCCAAUUGACGACAAGACCACUAGAUUAAGUUCUAAUAAAAAGAUGAGAUACUCUAAUGUCUUUGACGAUUUAACGUCUCUGAAAGACUUUAAAUAUGUCUUCCAUGUAACAUUAAGGGAAUCAGUUGGUCAGUUUGAAAUCGAAAAAAUGAUAAAUACACAGAUAGUUGACAGUAUAUUCUCAUCUAAAGAAGAUCGCGAAAAGGCAUACAUACUACUAAAUGAGAUCAUGAAACGUGAACGUUGCUUGGUAUUACUUGAUGGUCUAGAUGAAUGGACCGGUACUGGAGAUCAUCACAACCUGCCAACACUGGCCGACGUACACAGUCUUUGCGUUUUGUUGAUAACUACUCGACCUUGGAAGAUGACACAAGCGAAAAUACUUGACUCGCAGAUUUUCAAACUGCUGCAACUUGAUGGAGUCAACAAAAAGUUUGAGGUGAGCAGAAAAAUCCUGGGUUGUAUGAAAGAUUUUAUGGGUAGACAAGAUUUAGACGAAAAACAAUCUGAGUUUGAAUCGUAUGUACGUAAAUUUGGCUUGAUAGAGCAUUUGUACUCCCCAAUGAUGUUGUGUUUGAUUGUACACUCGUGGACCAAAGGAACUGAACUAAAAGGCUCUCUUUGUGAAAAAUACAGCCUCUUGCUGGAAUGUCUUUUCAAGAAGGCGAAUAUUGAAACGAGCGAAUUUCAAGAGCCGCCUUAUCGAUGUUUCACAGAGACCCAAAACAUACAACCCAAUAUUGAACACUUGAAUAGACUUGCUGAAGCGGCAUUUUAUUUGUUGUUUUCAGAUACACAGGAAAAAGCUCUGGUAUUUACCAUUACGGAACUGAAGAAAUUCAAUUUAGGUCAACUUGAUCAAGAGAACUUUGCACUGAAGUCCGGUAUUUUAUCAGUGACGCGCAAGGCAUUUGCAUUAAGAUCUUCUUCAUCAUUUUCAUUUAUUUAUAAGAGCAUUCAGGAAUUCCUUGCUGCUUAUCAUAUUGCAUGCAAUACCAAUGUGAUUGAUGACGUCAUUUCCGGAUACCUCAACCGUCACAAAGAUGCAUAUCUUGACAUAUCACAGGUGUUCAUCUUCCUCUGCGGACUGAACAUGUCGGCUGCAAAUAAGCUUUCUGGCAUGAUAUAUGAACUCGAUGAUGGUUGUUUCCGCUUUAUGCUACCAAUAUUUGGCUUUGGGCUUCAAGAGCAGGACACCAUACUAGCAGGAUACAGAGAAGCUGUUGCCAAUCAGCAAAAGGAUAUUGUACUCAAACUCAGUAGGUUCUAUUUUGACUUUGAUAACGACAUACGAGACCUGCACAGCAUAUGGACAAAUAACAAGUCCGAUGUCCUGUACACGGACAUACAUGUUCCUGACAGACAAAUUUCACAAACAGAAGGCGAGUCUGCGUCUCAUAUUGAGUUUGACCUGUCAUCGUGCAACAAGUUGAAAUCAUUGGAACUAAAUGGAAAAGGCAUUUUGCUUAGUGAAUUUGCAAGUACGUCAACGGCAGAAUAUCUGGUCGGGAUUGUUCUAAAAAGUGCAGAUCAAUUUCAGUGUGCAGAUCCUCCUCCAUUACUGCCCUCUAUAGAAUACAUUAGAUUGUGCAAUGUCACAUGUUCCUAUACCUGUCUACGCUGUCUAUUCUGCACGCUGCUGACUCUCGAUCACGCGUUGACGUUUUACCUGCAAUCGAUCUAUAUUAAAUGUGCUGAGGCAGCAAAAAGAGAAAUAAGGGCAAUUUUACAUAAAAAUGUAAACAAUUCCUCCAUCGUAAAAACCGAAAAUGCCAAUCCCUAUCUGUUAAAGGCUCUGCAUGGUCUGAAUGUAAAAAAAAGUCUGAGUCUGAGUAUUAUGCAGGGAGGUUGGAACGUGGAUCAUGAAGAAUCGCUGUCGCAGUCACUGUCAUCGCUCACACAGCUGGAAACGCUCAGUAUAGAAGUGAAGUAUGACAGUCCCUCUUUGUGGAAGGCUCUGCAUGGUCUGAAUAUCAAGAGUCUGAGUCUGAGUGGUAUGCUGGGAGGUUUUAACGUGGAAAAUGUAGAAUUGCAAUCGCAGGCACUAUCAUCGCUCACAAAGCUUGAAACGCUUAGUAUUCGAGUGAGGUAUGACAGUCCCUCUUUGUGGAAGGCUCUGCAUGGUCUCAAUAUCAAGAGUCUGAGUCUGAGAGGUUACUGGGGAGGUUUGAACGUGUAUCAUGACGAGUCGCUGUCGAAGUCACUAACAUCACUCACACAACUGGAAACAGUUACACUGUAUGUGAAGACAUAUCACCAGAUAGAGCUACCUCAACCAUUGAAGUAUUUAAAUAUAUAUUGUGAUGGUUUUCUUCCAUCCAAAGUUCUUGAACUGGUGGACACACUGCCUACAUGUACUCAGAAAGUUGGAAGUAAUCUGAAAUUGUGUUGUUUUUUAGAGAUCUUACUUGUCGAAAACAUCCCACUUGAGAAAUACACUGUAAUCCAACAGGAACUACAGACGCGGAAGAAUUUUACCGUAGAGCGAUUCCAAAUAUCAGACAGGAAACUUGAAACCAAUUUUGUUAUACAAUGCGAAUAAUUCAACGUUUUGUCUUAAUUAACAAUGACUAGAAUCGUGCCUAGCCGUUUUAAAUAUCACUCAUGUUUAUCAACUAUGUAUUUAUGAAUUGUUUAUAGUGUAUAUUUGAAUCUUCA